AGAGCCGUCCUGCUCCGAGCGGGCGCGGGCGCGGCGCGGCGGCCGCCGAGGCCUCCGCAGAUGGCGAUGGCGCCUUACGGGCUGGCGCGACGCCUGGAGAACCUCUCCCUGAGGUUCCCGAAUGACAAGUCGGAGCUGGCGUUCGUCGCGGGGCGCGCCAGGCAGUCGCUCCGGAACUGCGCGGUGGCGAGCGCCAUCGUCCAGGCGCUCGCCAUCAUCGCCCUCGUCCAGGACGGCGGCCGCAGUCUGGAUCACGAGUGCGAGGCGGUGCGGGCCGUCUACCAGAUGAAGGUCGUUGUCAUCGUCGUCUUCGCGAUCCCGUCGCUUGCGAUCUGCCUGGGGCUGUAUGAAAAACUAGGGGCCGUGGGCAGCGAGAGGCUGGUGUCGACCAUGUGCGUCGUUGCCUGCCUAGCGGUGAUAUUGUCGAAUCCCUACUACGUGUCGCUGCUGCACGGGUCCGUUUCCAGCAGUCCCGUCGGUCUGGACGGCCAACCUCUGCGGUCGGACGUGGAGACGGCCCUGACCUGCCUAAUGCUAGACGGCGUGCUGACGGUUUCGCACCUGUACUUGCAAGUGCGCUGGCAUUACCUCCUGGCGGCGGAUUCCACUGUGCUGCUGGCUAUUGCGUGUGGGUCGGCGAAUUUCAUGAAUGAUGAGUCGCACUCGGUCGAAAAGUGGUUCUUGCUGACGCUGAGCAUGCUGGCGCUCUUGUCGAUCGUAGGAGCCCGAAACAACGAGGCCACCCAGCGGAAGCUGUUCCAAGCCCUGCUCCUGGAAAGGAACGGGCGCGUCGCGACGGAGUUCAAGUUGGAGCAGGCGCUGUCGAGCUCUUCAACCUGCAUGGACCCCGAGACGCGCUCGCACGUUUCCCUGAUAUCAUCGAAGGCCUCGGACCAGGUGUUCGACCUGGCCAGGUUGCAAGGCACGGAUGAGGACGACGACGUGCUGGCGUUCGAGUGCAAAACCGCACUGCGCUCUGUAGCGGCGGUCGGCAAACGACAGAGAUGGCUCGUCGACACAGAGCACGUGCGCCUGACCACGAAGAUACUUGGCUCUGGCAGCUUCGGGCUCGUCGUCCAGGGCGACUUCGUCGGCACCCCUGUGGCGGUGAAGAUCCCCAGCGGGGAGGUCUCCACCAGGUCUUUCGUGAACCUGGGGAACGAGCUGGGCAUCAUGCGGCACCUGAGGCACCCCAACAUCGUGGGUUUCCACGGCGCGUGCAUACAGCCAGACUCAGGUCGCAUGGCGUUGAUCCUCGAAUUAGUGCGCGGCAGGACAGUCGACCAGCUGGUCUGCGACCCCGAGAACCCGCUAAGGGAGCUCGCGCGCGCUCAGGUCUUGUCUGGCGUGUGCUGCGCACUGCGGUACCUUCACUCUCGGGCGCCUCCUGUGGUACAUGGUGACCUGAAGGGCUCCAACGUGUUGGCGGAGCAGGACGCUCAGGGCAACCUGAAGCCGACGCUGCUGGACUUCGGGCUGUCGCGCCGUCUUCGGGGAUCCGUUCUGCCGCCGGGCGGGACGCUGCAGUACAUGGCGCCCGAGGUGCUCCACAGCUCCCCGCUGGACUGCCUGUCCGACGUGUUCUCCCUGGGCCGCCUCGUGUUCCUCGUACAGUCAGUGGCUCCGUGCCGCUGCUCGGCGUGCCCGAGGUCGAGGUGCGCGAGCGGUCCCGCAGCCACUCGCCGGACCUGGCGUGGCCGAAGGAGGUGGUCGGCUCCGCCCUCUGGGCCACGAGCAAGAGUCUCCUCGCGUUCGACCCCGCAGAGCGGCCAUCCAUGCUCGAGGCGCACCGGAUGCUGCACGACUGUUUCCCCGGGCUGCCUGGGCAGGACGCUCCCGAGCCGCUCCUCCAUCAUGCCCCCGCUGCAGGGGAGCCCUGCGCCGAGUCGUGGAACGACACGUACCCAUGGCUCCUGAACGUCGCGUGCAAGGCCGUGAGGCGCCAGUGGCCGAUCGAGGGCCAGGAGAACGCCUGCUUGAGCCUCUCUGUGAACUUCCACCCGAGCGAGCACAACAGCUCUUCCCCGCAGUCGUGGAGCGAGGUUUCGGUGUGAGCGGCAAGGACGUCCUCGGGGCCCCCCUCCCCUUCGGAGGCUGCCGAGGGGGAUUUGAGAACUCUGCAGGGGCCUCCGAAGGCUUGUGCUUGUGCCGUUUGUGACUCUGCCCACGUCUCGAUGUGAGCGUGGCCAGAGCGCCAUGCUGGGCUGUAAGCGGGCGCUCCCUCUCCCUGCCCUCCCUCGUUCCCUCCUCCUCUUCCUCCUCCUCUUCCUCCUCCUCUUCCUCCUCCUCCUCUUCCUCCUCCUCUCCUCCUCCUUCCAGUUACAAUUCGAGGCCCUCUGGGCGGCCCACAGCAAAAUGCGCGAACAUGGUUUUCUUCUUACCAUUUUCCUUGUGCCUGGCGCCCCUCAGCCAGAAAGUUGGCUGAGGCCACGGCGUUGAGCUCCUGGAGCCCCCUACUCUGGCUUGGAAUCCACUGCCCCUCUGUUGUGAGGCGAUUCUAUAGGAGGGGGAACAGGAGGCAAGUCGUUUGCACAGUUGGGAGGAAUUAGUGAAUUCAGAGGGGGUCGGGCUUGCAGUAUCUCGAAGAUGGCUCGCGCCCUACAGGCGCCAACAUCUGGCAUAUAUGCUGACAGAUGGCCUUUCGCUGCUCGGAGUCUCUGGCGAAGUAUUUAUAUUCGCUGACGUCUGUUUUUCCCUGGCUCGACUUGGUCUGCAGUGUUUACCACUACGUCGAAGUGUUUCUCAUUCUGAGAGGAAAGUCGGCCUCGCCAAGCUUUUCGACCUCGCCUCGCGUCCGAAGGAGCCUCCGCGCUGCGUCUGCUCGUCUUUUCUCUCGGUGCGUGGACUGUCGCCGGCCCCCUGUGGCAUGGUGCCCCCCCGGAGGAAGGCGAGCUGGCCAGGGGAUGCGUUUGCCACAGCCGCGGUCAACGCGCGCCGUCGCCGGUUUAUAGAGGCAGUCGCCGUGGGACGGAGUCUCGCCAUUGAUUUGCUGUGCUACCAGCGUUUUCGAAAGAAAGACGUCCAGGUAGAACGACCGGAAGGUUGCGCAAGAGCGCCCCCCGUGUCCCCAAUUUCGAUGUUCGUCCGAUCGUGCAGGCCGCAGCUUGCAAUCGUGGGCGUGGAUUUCGAAACGACUCGCCCUCCCCCAUGUCGAACGCCCCGAACUUUAAAUUUUGGGCCCGGGGGGUUGGGCCCGCUUCAACACGCAUUGCAUAUGGGCGUUUUUUUUGACGAAACCGUUGCUUUUUUUUGCCUCAGCGGCGCAGAGUUCUCCCUAGAAGUUGGGGUUCACGCGCUGUCACGGCCACAUGCGGGUGUCGGUGUACUCCGCCCCCAUGUGGAGGUGGGGUGGAUCCCCUCUCUGUUCGAAAAGCUUGCUGGGAGGGCAGGAUGCCUCCGAGCCCAAGAGACGCCAUCACGCUGGGAACGAGGAGG